AUGGUAAACGCCAUUUCUCCAAAGAUGGUGGCUAACCUAGAGAACGUGCUCCCGCGGGAAUCCGUGAUGGAACUCCUUCGUCUCCUUCCUGACGAGACGAUCACCGCCAUCGCCAGCGCCAUUCCAGUCUCUCAUGUUGCCAAGAUCUUAAAAGAUGCGACGGGAAGCUUGAACGUGAACUUGACGGACAUCAUUCUAGACAUUCCACCCAGUCUUCUAGUCAAGAUGCUGAAGAAGGUGGUGCACGCCAUCUCGCCGUCAGUCCUCAAGUACCUAGCGAUAACAUUGCCUCCUGAAGCUAUCGUCCGCAUUGUCCGAACCAUCCCCGAGCAGGUCGUGUCUGACGUCCUGAACGUUCUUCCGCCCAAAACGCUCACGAGGUUCAUCCAGGCCGUUCCCAUAGAAACGAUCAUAUCCUACGUCAACGUGGCCCUUAACACAGAAGAGACCAGAGAUCCCCACAAUACUCUCGUAACAUUCACGGAACACAUUUCCAAUAUUCUUAAAACGCUGCCUGCAACCCUGCUGACCAAGUUUGUCAAAGCCAUUCCUACUGCUGCUAUAGUGGAGAUCGUCGACAUUCUGCCGAAGGAAACUAUUGCCGAGGGAGCCUCUCUCCUAUCUGGGGAGGAGGGUUUUCCACUCUUGAGCGUCCUGCCCGCGGAGGCCGUGGCACAUGCUGUCACGGCCAUCCCACCUGACUGCAUCGUCAAAGUUCUGGAUGCCAUCCCGCAAAGGACCAUUGGCUCCUUCGCGAACAUGAUCGUGGGAAUUCCCACAGAGCAGGUCAAAAAGUUCUUCACACUUGUUCCGGUUGGAGCGCUGAAGCACAUACUAACCCGCCUGCCGCCGAGGACCAUCGAGAAGCUGGCUAGUUCUCUCCCUCCUGAGACCGUGGAAAAGAUGGCGCAUUCAGUGUCUUCAACAACCAUCGAGCCCAUCAUGCAGUCGUUCCGACCGGGCGAACUGAGGAGGUUGAUCAGAUCUGUCAGCACCUUCACUCUGUCCAAACUGCUGAGCGCCGUGCCACAGGACCUGAUGGUCAAUCUGACUCAGUCGCUGCCCCCGGAGCAGAUCGGGAAGCUGUUCAGCGCCAUUCCGCCGGAAAUCAUCAGCGCUGUAGUCACACAUCUCAAUCCCGCUGACAUGGUGGCGCUGAUGAAGACAAUGCCGCCCAGCAUAAUCGAGAACAUGUUGACGACCUUACCCACUGAGAUGAUGGUCAACAUGACUAAGAUCCUGCCCCCCGACCAGCUGCAGAGCCUGAUGGACCUGCUGCCCAAGAGCAUGAUCGGCAAAAUGAUCGCUGUGCUGCCUCAAGAUGUUCUAGUCAACCUCGUCACGGCAUUCGACACGGACGCCAUGCUGGACAUGAUGCAGAAGCUGGAUUCCACUCAGCUCAUCGGCAUCCUCAGCACCUUGCCGGUGGAGACUGUCGUCAACCUGACCAAAUCGCAGACGCCCGAGCAGACGAUGGCCUUGCUGGGGUCACUUCCGCCCGAUGGAAUCAUGAACCUGACAAAGGUCUUUCCCACGGAUACGUUUUUGGACAUGCUGCAGUCCCUGCCGCUGGAGGGUGUGAUGCAACUCAUGGCCUCGAUGCCGCUCAAGGAUCUGUUUACCUUGGCCGGACAGCUGACCCCAGAACAGAUGACAAGGGUCAUGGAGACCUUCGCGAAUGAUCCCGACUUCCUGCCAAGUAUGAUGGCUAAAGUUGACUUUGAUCGCAUCGCCUCGAUGGUCGAGUCCGUGCCCUCUGACCUCAUCAUGCAGCUUGUAAGCAGCGUGGACAUGUCAAAGAUCAUGGGAGUAGUCAAACGAAUGAUGCCAAAGGUCCAGGGUCUCGUGCUGAAGAAAAUAGAAGGCGCGCUCGACACUCUGGCCAGAAAUUCCACGCAGACAUUCGCCGCGUGCCUGGAGGACGUGGAGUUCGUUGCUAGGAACCUCCUCAACUUCAGUGAAUGGGCUUUCAAGAUGGUAGAUGCGUCAGGUAAACCAGGACGAGGCCUGCUGGAGGGCAACAUCCACAUGAUCGGAAACUUUGACCAGUGCAAGGGAAUCCGCCACGUGAUCACGCAGGGUCCGCGCCAAGGUGACGUCAUUUCCGGCAGCUACUGUCACGUGCAGUUUCAUAUUCCCUUGGAGGCUUUGCCACCCGUACCUGGAGAUGGUAUCCUCCCCAUGCCGGAGAUUGCGAUGGACGUAUGCUUACCUCAUACAUGUAAAGCUGUCGACAUCCAUCGGUUUCUAAAGACAUUUCAUCUGCCCAUGAAUGUCACCAUACCCCGGGUGGCAUGUCAACAGGACAUGGAACUAGCCAAGAUGGUGGAGCAAUUGCAACAAUGCUUGUCAUUGCCGGUAUUGUCAUCCUCACCAUCAUUGGGACAGUUAUUGAUGUCAUCUUCGUGCGCAAGUGUCAUCCUAUUACUGUCAACAACAAUGAAAAGGCUACACAAGCUGCAAAAGAACAGGACUUCAGUCUCAAAAUCUAUUCAAAGGGGUGCUGGAGUUGAUGAGGAUGGCAAGGCCAGAGAAAAGCUGUUAUCCAGAACUGAUCCAGAAAGCGCUCUUGUUCAUGACCCUGCAGUAACAGGUCUUUUGAUGAAAAAGUCAGCCAUGGAAACAAAUGUGGAUAAUAUCAGCAUAAACAGUCAGAAGUUUGACAGUUGCAGUCAUCGGGACAAAGAAAUAGUUGUAGCUCAGCCAGAUGAUCGCUUAUGGCUGCGAGUAGCUACAGCCUUCUCCCUGCCCUCCAACUUGAGAUUAUUGCUUUCCACGCACUCUUUCAAUGGCAGUAUCACAUGCCUGCAUGGAAUCCGUGUCCUGUCCAUGUUGUGGGUCAGUUUUGCUAACUCUGUCAUCUUCAGUGCUCUUAACUUUGAAAACCUGAUGCAUGCUGCACAAGACCUGAUAUCCCUUCCUGCACAGAUGAUCCUGAAUAGCAGCUUGGCUCAAGACACGUUUUUUACCAUUAGUGGUGUUGUGACGGCAGUUACUUUCUUCACAGCCAUCAGCAGUAAUGGUGGCCUAAAAAUUACACAUAUCAUCUACUAUUACUUACAUCGGUUUGUCAGAAUCAGCCCCGCCUACAUGCUGACUUUGCUUGUGUGUACCUGUUUGCUGGGAUACACAGCCAAUGGUCCUCACUGGCCACCUCCACUACAACAGCAAUGUCAGGAGCAGUGGUGGUUCAACAUGCUCUUCAUUAAUAACUACUUCACCAGCAUAGAACACAUGUGUAUGUCCUGGACUUGGUUCCUGGCAAACUUAAUGCAGUUCUACUGGAUCGCUCCAAUAGUCCUUGUACCUCUUGCUUUUGGGCUGCGAGUAGUUGGGCUUGUGUUGAUGGGGCUCCUUGUUGUGGUGCAGAUAGUCAGUACAGUUGUGCUGGAAAUCAACAUCAAUGGUGAUGUACUGCGGCGACAGUCAGACUACCUGUGGCGCAUUUAUCAGCAGCCUUAUUGCCGUGUGGCACCAUAUGCGUUGGGACUGGCCGUGGGUUUUAUUCUGCACCAAAAAAAGUUUAAAUUCCCUAUGGGAAAAAUAAUAACCUGUGUUGGAUGGCUCUUGACUGUAACCAUUACAACCAUACUGACUCUGAUAACCUAUGAUGAAAACCGUCAUCUUUUGAAUGAUGCAACUGGUUGGUCUCAUCCUGUUCGCACUGCACAUGAGACUUUGCAGAGGCCUCUGUGGGCUUUGGCUGUGUGUUGGGUUAUAUUUGCUUGUGCAUCAGGAAAUGGGGGUUUAAUCAACAAGUUCUUUUCCUGGCGUGGUUUUGUUCCCUUGUCACGACUGACUUAUUGUGUGUACCUGAUACACCCAGUUGUAGUCAUCGCUGAUCUGAUGGCAUACCGAGUUUUUGCCUAUUUCACUAUUAGUUAUGUGUUAUUUCGUUACAUUGGCUACAUUGUGGUGGGAUACUUGCUGGCGCUUAUUCUGGCGGUGCUGGUGCAAGCUCCUCUCCUUGCUUUGGAGAAGACCAUCUUUCAGAAGAAAUCCGCCCACUGAUCCUUUGUGUACAUUUUGCCAACACUCCUCCAUUUUAUUUUUCUCAGUUGAACUGUUCCUUACAUUACAACAUGCAGGUGUGGCGAAAUGUUUUAAGAGCCAACAUUUGCAAAGACAUCUUAAGUCAAAUGAUGUUGGAUGCAGAAGUAUUUUUGUGUGUUUUGAAGUGUUUUAGUGGAAAUUUUGUUUCCUGUCAUUCAUGUUCAGCAUUUUGUGGAUUAUAAUCCAUGGGACACUAUUAUCAGUAUGAAAUGAAGGUUUGCAUUUAUGUGCUUUUGUUUUGGUUUUUUUUUUCUUCUUUUUCAAGACACAUGCUCCCCAAACACUACUGUUUUAUGAGUUCAUAUCCAAUAAGGUCUAUAUUUUUGUGGCUAGAAAACCAUACCAAUAGCCUAGGUACCUGUUUUUAUUUUUAAAAUUUUAACAAGAAAUAAGUAUUUCAGUUUUUGAAACAAUUCUAAGUUUGUAUUUCUAUAACAUUAUUAGUUGACAUAUUUAUCCCUGUAAUAUCAGGUUCUGAGAAAAUUAACACAAACUGCUCCCCACCCACUUUUUUUCAAGUUUUGCAUCUCUCAGGAAAUGCCAGACAUAGCUGUUGUACUUGUCGGUUCUAGUCAUGUUCUGAAAUAGUCAGACCGUCAGCAGUACUUCCUUGUGAUCUCUCCACAUUUAAAGUCCAUCAUUUCACUUCAUCCAUAUCUUCACACAAUGCAUCCACUAAAUAUUUUUUCUAAAAUCUGGUACAUGAGGAAUAUAAUAUAAAAUGAAAAAAAAAAUCUCUAAUUCAAGAUUGGGAAGACUGUUUUCUGAUGCACCCCACCGUGGAGCAACAGGUUGCUGUUUUGAAGCCAGAAAUUUUCAUUUGACAUCCCAGCAGGAAUGGGAACCUAAUUUAUCAGCAAGGGUAAGCACAGCAAAGAGUAGGAUUGGCUCAGCCUGUUAGAUGUGGUGGACCCCGUGCCCACUUCCGCUACUUUCACGUGGUAUGAGAUCCUUUACAUUUUACCAUAACAAAACUGGGUGUACUCACAACUGGUCAGGUACUUAAUCAAGCUGCCACAUAAAUAUGUUGACAGUUAUGUAAGGAUGACAUCCACACAGCACAGUAAAAGCUUUAAAACUUUUGUGUUCAUAUUUUGGGAUAUGUUACUUAGAUUAUGCAAAUUAAGCUUAAUUAAAAUGCCUUGAUGAAUUGUGAUGCUACACAUACAUUUUGUAAAUUUUGAAAGAAAAUAUAUAUUUUUCCAACUCAUUAGAAUAUGCAUGUACAUUUAAGUACAUGAGAUAAAAGCUAUUGCAAUAAUUAAGAAAAGGAUAAUUGAUUUAUGAAAAUCAUUUGCUUAUAAAGGUUGUUGAUAUUUUUGUACAGUAUUGUCAGUUUUGUUUAACUGUUAUAUCCAUGAUGGUUGGUGCUGGUGUACUCUUUGAUAUCACCAUAUCCUAUGAUGUUUAUGUGGUCGGAAAAAUAUGCAAGUCGUCUAGGUAGCUGUUAAAUGUAACUAUGUGUCGUUAUUUUUGAAAAAGUGGCAGUUGCCAAUCAGAGGCAAUCAAAUACAUGUUACAUUUAUUUUGAAAGUUUGGACUUAGUACUUGUACGUACAUGUAUAAUGCUGUAAAUCAUUGGUACAUAAUUAGCUUUUAAUAUGAGCUGUUACUGGCCACCCACAAAAUGAGGCUGAACUCAACUCAUUUAACACUAAUUUCUUUCAGUUGUUGGAUUGAAACUAAAAUCAUUUUAGAUGGUCCUUGUUGCUUCUCUGCAAUACUCACUUUAUUUUGUCACAUGCUUUCGAAACAAACUUGUUUUGGCGGGAGAUUUCUCAACACACCCUUGUGACUAACCUAGCACAGCUGCAGAAUAUCAUGGCCUGAUGAGUACUCUAGAGCGCCUGUUGUUUGACAUCUAACCCAACCACUUAAUGUCAGAGAUAUUACAGAACUGUCUGCUCCGCUUCUUGUAAUAGUAAAUAAGCGAAUACAUAUGAAUGACAACUUGUUACAAACACUAAAAUCCUUGUGGGAGGUUGCGUUGCCAGUCUUUGUAUAAAUUGUUGGGUAUGAAAGGGAUGCUGCAUCUUGCUGGUUGUUGGCAUCAUAUAAAAGUUCCAUGUACAAUGAAAUAUCUUUAAUGUUGCAUCGAAAGUGGGAAGUAUUGGAUUCCAAUGGACAUGGCAAACAAGUCAACACUCUUGCAAGGUCCAACAUGAACCCAUGUUCUUAAACGUCCUUUAUAAAAUGCCAGUUCAUAUGGCUAAGUGCUUCCUUGCUAAAUUCGUCCUUUUACAGGGUUGCAUUUGUACCAGCUACAUUCUCCAAAAUCGCAUCAACUUGAAACAUUUGUGAGUCAUUGAUUUUCUUUUAUUUCAGAAUUUUAAACAGUUGAUCUCCAAAAUCACUGUUUCUUAUUUUAUUGCCGCCCCCACCCCGACACCUCCCAAAAAGACUUUCUUGUUGUGAGGUGGCCUUACACUGCCUGUAAUGUGUCACUCCUCAUUCUCCCUCCUCCAUCAGCACCAAAACUUGCCUAAACUUCUCAGAUGACAAUCACAGCCAAGACUGUUUCAUAGAUCAAAUGUCCAUUUAGUUUUUUGUUUCAGCUAUCAAAGUUACUGGUUUGCAUCUUGAGUAGCCUGUCAAAGCACGGACAUAGAAUUAAAAUGAUGUUUCAAAUACACACUUGAUGCAAGAAACAGUGACAGCGAAUCUUGAGUUCUUAUUCUGUGUAUUUCUCAUUCAUGAAAGCCAAUUUUCUGUUUUGGUACAUCCUAUGCAAUAUGAAUGCUAUUUCACAUUCUUCCUGACAAGGAAUCUCCUGUAAAUUUCAAGGGAAUCUGCUUCCUGACCCAUUGACAUUGCUACCACUAAUGGUAACUGUGCAUUUUGAAAUCAAAAAACUUCAUUAGUGUGAUGAUCAUUUACAAUGCAGACAUCAUGGUUGUCCUACUACAGUUAAGUGCAUUCCAUGAGCUCUGUGUGUGCAUGUAUAUGUGUGCAUGGAGACGCAUACAUGUACAGUUGGUUUGUUUUAUCUUUGUGUUUAUGUUUCAAUUUGUCAUGAAUUUUAAUGUCUUUUAUUGCUGUUUAUAUGAUAGAAAAACUUCCAGCAGUAGCGCUUAGUAACAGCAAUAUUCAUUGUUCAAUGAUGUAAAUCUGCUAUUGUUCAUUAAUCCCUAACAAAUAUUUAUUACUGUAUCAUAAGAUGCCUUGUUCACAGCAGCAUGAAAGAAUCAAAACGUUCAGUCUGUUUUGCAAGAAUUCUAUGUAUGUCUCUUCCAUUUCACUGAAAGUAUUUAAGAUUUCCAAUUAAAGAAAAAUUCAGGGAAAAGAAAAA